CCGCCCCCCUCCAGCUUUUCUUUUGCGCAGCCACCCUCUGGCUUGCCGUUAAUUUCUUUCCCGUUUCACUCCUCGCGUUUUUACACUUGGCCCCCAAUCCAAUCCCCGCCAGGCCGCCAUGCCGACGCCGGUGCCCGCCGCGCGCCAGUGCCUCUCCCCGCCCGCCGUCACGGCCCUCGACGCCGCCGUCGCCUCCGCGCGCCGACGGGCCCACGCGCAGACCACCUCCCUUCACCUCAUCGCCUCGCUCCUCGCCCCCACCGCCGCGCCGCUGCUCCGCGACGCGCUCGCCCGCGCCCGCAGCGCCGCCUACUCCCCGCGCCUCCAGCUCAAGGCGCUCGACCUCUGCUUCGCCGUCUCCCUCGACCGCCUCCCGUCCACCCCCACCUCCGCCUCCACCCCCACCUCAGUCUCCGCCUCCGCCUCCGCCAGCACCAGCAAUGACCCCCAGCAGCACGAGCCCCCCGUCGCCAACUCCCUCAUGGCCGCCAUCAAGCGCUCGCAGGCCAACCAGCGCCGGAACCCGGACACGUUCCACUUCUAUCACCAUCAGGCGGCGCCCACCUCCCCCAACGCCAUCAAGGUCGACCUCUCCCACCUUGUCCUCGCCAUCCUCGACGACCCGCUCGUCAGCCGCGUCUUCGCCGACGCGGGAUUCCGCAGCAACGAGAUCAAGGUCGCCAUCCUCCGCCCCGCGCCGCCCGUCCCGCUGCUCGGCCGCCUCCCCACGCGCGCGCGCCCGCCGCCGCUCUUCCUCUGCAGCUUUGCCGCCGCGGACGACGCCGACGUCCCCUCGCCCGCGCCCGCCCUCGCGGGGGCCGCACCGGGGGAGGACAACUGCCGCCGCAUCACCGACAUCCUCGCCCGCGGACGCAACCCCAUGCUCGUCGGCGUCGGGGCCGCCUCCGCAGCCGCAGAUUUCGCCAAGGCGUCCCCGUACCGCAUCGUCCCCAUCGGCCCCGCCUCUGCCAAUAAUCAGGCGGCACCGACGACGCCCACCUCUGGCCUUAUCUUCAGCAUCGGUGAUCUCAAGGACCUGGUGCCCGACGAGGCCGACCUGCAGGACGCGGCUCGCCGGGUGGUGGCGGAGGUCACGCGCCUGCUCGAGACGCACAGACCUGCUGCCCGCCAAACCCAAACGGUCUGGGUCAUGGGCUGGUCCGCCACCUACGAGACCUACCUCGCCUUCCUUUCCAAGUUCCCACUCGUCGACAAGGACUGGGAACUCCAGCUGCUGCCGAUCACCGCCGUGCGCGACGCCGGCCCUGCAGCGGGACUCGUGCCUCCUCCUCCAGCUCCAGCCACCACGGUCGCUGCCUUGUCCAUGCCUGCCACUACAAGCUUCGCGGAGUCAUUUGUUCCUUUUGGAGGUCUUUUGUGCGAUACCUAUGAAGCAAAUAGUCUCACAACAAAUUUCUGCCCUCAGGCUCUACGAUGUCAACAUUGCAACGAUAGAUAUGAGCAAGAAGUUGCCUCUAUCAUUAGAGGAAGUGGCGUUACAGCUGAUGCUCACCAAGAAGGUCUACCUUCUCUGUUGCAGAAUGGCGGCAUGAUGGGUUCUAACAAUGAGUUUGAUGCAGUCAAGGUUAGAGAUGAUCAAAUGGUAUUGAGUACAAAAAUAUUGAAUCUAGAGAAGAAGUGGAAUGAGUACUGUGUACGUCUCCAUCAAGGUUGCAAUAGAAUCAACAGAGAUCCUUGCCAGUUAUUUCCACAUCACAUUGGUGUUCGAGUUGACAGGGAAAGAUGUGCAAAUCCAAACCAAAGCGCACAGACAAUUGCACUUCAGAGGGAUAUUAUUAAACCUUGUGCAUUGUCUUCUCCAUACACCAAUAUAACUGCAAAGAGUAUUUCAGCACCAGACCAAAUAAAUGCAGACCUUGUACUAAACCUUCAAGUGAGGCAGUCGAGGAGUAAUGAACCCCUUCAAAGUGGGGUUGUGCCAUUCCAACAUAUCAACUCAUCAAAUUAUAACAAACCCGAAGAAUCAUCUGCUGCACCUGUGACAACUGAUUUAGUGUUGGCCACCCCUCGUGGAUCUUCCUUCAAGGAUUCAAGUAGUGCCCUGUGUAAACGUGUAGAGGACAUUGAAGAGACAAUCCAGCUGAUGCCUAACAAGGUUGACGAUCUGAAUCUUAAACCUCCUCACUUGUCUAUACAACCUUACACUUGCUCCAAGAGUUCCUCAUCAAAUUGGGAGCAAACAUCACCUAGUGCUCUGCAUUCAACAUCUUUAGGAGGCACUUCUGCCUUUGGCCAAUGGCAGAGGCCUUCACCGCUCGCAACACAAAGUUUUGAUUUGAGCAAUUACAAGCUACUUAUGGAACACCUGUUUAAGGUUGUUGGGAGGCAGGAGGAAGCAUUGAGUGCUAUUUGUGCAUCCAUUGUGCGGUGCAGGUCGAUGGAGAGGCGUCGUGGUGCAAACAAAAAGAACGACAUAUGGUUUAGUUUUUAUGGCCCUGACAGCAUUGCCAAGCGGAGAGUUGGUGUGGCACUUGCUGAGCUAAUGCAUGGUAGCUCAGGGAACUUGAUAUAUCUGGACCUAAGCCUCAAUGAUUGGGGUAACCCUAGUUUCAGAGGAAAGCGUGCCACCGACUGUAUCUUUGAAGAGCUGAGAAAGAAGCGGCGAUCGGUUAUCUUCCUUGACAAUAUUGACAAAGCCGAUUGCCUUGUUCAGGAGAGCCUGAUUCAUGCAAUGGAGACUGGUAGGUACAAGGACUUGCAUGGGGGACGAGUGACUGAUCUUAAUGACUCGAUUGUGGUGUUGUCUACAAGAAUGAUCCAAGGAUGCCAGGAUGCUUCUCUUGGGGUGGAAGAGGGCAAUGCUUUUUCAGAAGAAAAGGCUGUGGCAGCUCGUGGGCAUCAACUGAAGAUCAUAGUUGAGCCGGGCACAACCAACAUCGGUGGAGGCAACGUUGUAGUUUCGUCAAGGCAUUCCUUGGGAAGCAGUGAAGCCUCAAGUUAUUCCAGUAAGCGGAAGCUCCACAUCUCUGAUGGGCAAGAAAAGACAGAAGAAUCGGCAAGCACUUCAAAGCGACUGCAUAGAACAUCAAGCAUCCCAUUCGACUUGAACCUCCCAGGCGACGAUGAGGAAGCCCAUGAUGAUGGUGAUGAUGACAAGAGCAGUGGCAGCCACGAAAACUAUCUAGAGGGAUCUGUCGGAAACCUCUUGCGUUGGGUGGAUGGUUCAAUCAAUUUCAAGCCAUUUGACUUUGGCAAGCUUUGUGAGGACAUCCUGCAGGAGUUCAGCAAUACUACCAGCAAAAUUCUGGGCACCAGGGGGUGCAGGCUGGAGAUCGACGCUGGGGCUAUGGAGCAGGUAGUGGCAGCGGCAUGGGCAUCCGAUUCGCAUGAGAAUGAGAAGAGGCCUGUGCGGACGUGGGUGGAGCAGGUGUUUGGCAGGAGCCUUGAGCAGGUCAAGAUGAGGUGUGAGAAUCUGAGCAGCUGUACCCUGAGACUGGUUUCCUGUGAGGUGAAAGAAGAUGGUUUUGGAGCUUUGCUUCCCUCGAGAAUAAUUCUGGAUUGGUGAUGGUGAUAUGUGUCGUUUGCAUUAUUGCUGCUAGCUAUCUAGCUGUAAGUAUUGGUUAGUUAGCUGACACCACCCACCGUACUGUAGCAUAUAUAGGUUCAUAUCAUUAUUUGGUGGCUUCAAAAUAAUGUAAUUAAGCUGGAGUAUGUACGUACGGUAGUCUAGCAAUUAAACUACUCGUUCAAGUCCAUGACCUGGGGAUGGAUGGCUGUAUUUAUUGUUGCUCCUGCGUGUAUAUAUAUAUUUGUAAGACCGACGUGAUGGCCUUUUCAUGUGGAAUUCCAUAUACUGAUGUCAUU